AUGAUGAUUUUAUCUUUCAAAGCUCAUGUGUCUCAUCUGUACGGAAAUAUAGAACAGAGAAGCCUGCCUUUUGAUAAGCAUCUAUAUAGACUGAUACACCACCAAGAAAAUGAAAAUAAUGUAUGUAACACUGGCUUAGGAGAAGAAAAGGUCUUCCAAACUUUGAGUCAUCCACCCUUCACAAAAAGACUGGACUUCAAUUCUUCUGAAGAGAGCUCUGGCAAAAGUCAUGGCUUUUCAUCCCUCAGCUCUCUGAAGAAGCUCUGGGACAUUGUUGAAAGCGAAGCAUUUCAGUCAAUUUGGUGGGAUUAGCAUGAAGAAUACAUAGAAAUUUAUGAAGAAUUGUUCAAGAAGGAAGUGCUUGGAAGGGAAGCACCUCUGAGAACUUUUGACACUGAGUGCGUGAAAAGUUUCACUUGUCACCUCCAUUUCCAUGGGUUCACCAGAAAACAAUGGGAUUUUCCAAGAUCUAACUCGUUCAAUGAUUCACUAGAAGAAGAAGCAGCCGGGGGUGUAUGUCAGAUUCUCUACCUGCAAACUAACUCUCAGAAUAUUCUAGUGGGAUAG